UUGUGGCGUAUUUAGUUAUCUUCUGGACGCUUGGAUCGCCAAACGAACCGAAACGCUCCUCCAUCAUGUUGUGGGAAUUCCUGGCACUCUUUGCGAUCGCCUUUGGCUUCUUCUACCGCUGGGCAACCGCCAACAAUGACUUCUUCAAGAAUAAGGGCCUACCAUACGCUAAGCCAAUACUGUAUUUUGGCAACAUGUACGAGAUGUUUUUGCGGCGGAAAUCCAUGUUUGACAUAGUCUGUGAUCUGUACACGCAAGGCGGCAGUAACAAAUUUUUCGGUAUCUUUGAGCAGCGACAACCGCUAUUGAUGGUACGCGACCCAGAUCUUAUAAAGCAGAUUACCAUAAAGGACUUUGACCACUUUAUCAACCAUCGCAACGUGUUCGCCACCAGCAGCGAUGAUGAUCCGCAUGACAUGAGCAAUCUCUUUGGCAGCUCCUUGUUCUCCAUGCGAGAUGCGCGGUGGAAGGAAAUGAGGAGCACUCUGAGCCCGGCAUUUACUGGCAGCAAAAUGCGUCAGAUGUUCCAGCUGAUGAACCAGGUGGCCAAGGAGGCCGUGGACUGCCUCAACCAGGAUGUUCAGGAGACGGACAUGGACAUGAAGGACUACUGCACACGAUUCACGAACGAUGUGAUCGCCUCGACGGCCUUUGGGCUGCAGGUUAACUCGUUCAAGGAUCGGGAGAAUACCUUCUAUCAGAUGGGCAAAAAGUUGACUACAUUUUCGUUCCUUCAGAACAUUAAGUUCAUGCUGUUUUUCGCAUUGAAAAAUCUCAACAAGAUCCUAAAAGUGGAGAUCUUUGACAAAAAGAGCACUCAGUACUUUGUGCGUCUGGUGCUGGAUGCCAUGAAGUACCGACAGGAGCACAACAUCAUCCGUCCCGACAUGAUCAACAUGCUAAUGGAGGCGCGUGGCCUCAUCCAGACGGAGAAGACCAAGACGACGGUGGUGCGCGAAUGGAGCGAUCGUGAUAUUGUGGCCCAGUGCUUUGUGUUCUUCUUUGCCGGCUUCGAGACAUCCGCUGUGCUGAUGUGCUUCACCGCCCACGAGUUGAUGGAGAACGAGGAUGUGCAGCAGAAGCUGUACGAGGAGGUGCAGCAAGUGGACGCGGACUUGGAGGGCAAGGAGCUGACCUACGAGGCCAUCAUGGGCAUGAAGUAUCUGGACCAGGUCGUCUCGGAGGUGCUGCGCAAGUGGCCAGCAGCAAUUGCCGUUGACCGCGAGUGCAACAAGAUCACCUACGAGGUGGAUGGCCAGAAAGUGGAGAUUAAGAAGGGAGAUGUCCUCUGGCUGCCCACCUGUGGCUUCCAUCGUGAUCCCCUGUAUUUUGAGAACCCCAAGAAGUUUGAUCAACGUUUUAGCGAUGAGAACAAGGACACCAUUCAACCCUUCACAUACUAUCCCUUCGGCCUGGGUCAACGAAACUGCAUUGGUUCCCGAUUUGCUCUUCUCGAGGCAAAGGCUGUCAUCUACUAUUUGCUGAAGGACUACCGAUUUGCCCCCGCCGCGAAAUCCUGCAUCCCACUUGAGCUGGCCAGCUCCGGGUUUCAAUUGGCUCCAAAAACAGGAUUUUGGGUCAAACUCAUUAAGCGAAACCAAUCUUAAACAUAUAUGGAAAUGUAUUUAAUUAUUUUGUGUACUGUUUUAUAUUAAAUUUAAUAUUUUGACACUGU